AUGCACGUCUACAUCCUCUCUGCAAUCGUCCUCGCCGUAGUAGUGGUCUUUUACCGACUACUGCAGAGCGACCCAGCGCGCACCAUAUCGCGUAUAUAUCUCACGAAUCUGGAAGAUGUCCUCAAGCUUCUUCACAGCCCCGGCAUCCCUCUCCCUGAACUCCUCCGCACCAGAGCUGAUGCUAAUCAGCGUCUUCGUCGAGCGUUUCAUCUUGAAUCCACUUUUGUCAGCGCCGACCCCGCUGUUCAUUCCGCAUUCGUCAAGGCCGCGACAGAGCUCAUCUCUCCCCGCCUUACCUGGAGUCAUUUUGCCGAAAUCGCGGUCCAUGCCGCUAGUUUGUGCCUCCCAUCAUCCCAGGGCAGCAUCGCUCUCGACAUAUAUGUGCAGCGGGUCUGCAUGUACGUCGUCCUCGUUGCUGUCCUUCACGCCGACAUCGACGAUUCUUCGAGUCAUCUCGUCGAAGAUCUCGACUUGAUGACCCGGGGGAUCACCGAUCUGUGGCAACAAUCCAAGACUACUGCGAAUCCAUCCGCGGAGAUCCUUGCGCAGCUCAACAGCCGCCUCCGCGCCUGGCUUCCCACUCGGGAGAACCCCAUCGAGCUGAUUAUCCCCGCCUACGAGACGAUGUGGCGUGUGGUUGCCAUCGCAGUCGCUCUCAUAGGCGAGGAUAAGCAUGCUCGCACUGCCUUCGAGGAGUAUUUGCAAAACCCCACUCAGCCGCAGUUCACCCAGUUCUAUGGUGUACUACCCAGCGUCCAGGCUAUUGUACUCGAGGUGUUGCGGUUGUACCCUCCCACUCGUCGUAUCUCCCGUGUCGUUACCCGCAGUCGGUUACCCUCCUUGCCGACAUCAAUCGCUCGCCUAUUCAGGUUACAGCACGAGACUACUGUGUCCGCGGACAUCGAGGCCGUCCAGCGGGGGAGCGUUUGGGGCCCCACUGCCCAGGAGUUCGACGCCAUGCGGCACCAUCCUGCACGUUGUACAGAUGUACAGCGUGCGAAGAUGCUCGCAUUCGGCGCCGGCCGUCUGGGCUGCGUUGCGAAGAAUUGGGCCCCUCAGGCAGAUGUAGGGCCUGAGACAUCAAGGCUUCAUCCAGGGUCUCGAAGAUGCCCUGGGGUGCAGUUAGUUCGGGCCUACCGUAUGGUUGGUAAAGACCGUAAAGCGCAGUCACCCGGUUCUGGGAGUCGCGUUAGGUUCCCAACACAAAAUCAGUGGACCUUGCGCUACACGAAGUCAGAUAUUAAUCUCCUCCGUGUUCUACCCACCUUAAAGAAACUAGGACUGCGGACAUACCGCAACGGGUAUAUGCCUCUUCUCCCGAACGUAGAGGCCGUAUUGGGACAUUGCUCUGCAUACAAUAUCCUAUUCAUCGUCGGCCGCCGGUUACAAGAGCUGCAUUACUAUGCUGAUUCUGGAAUUGAGGAAGACGUGGCGGACUGGUUCACAGUCAGCGAGCGUUUUCGUGUCCUGACCGAAACAUCUCCAGCGGUCGAAGUCAUCUACAUGGAGCACGUCCCGUUAUUUUGUCUUCAGGCGCCGUUCGAACACUGGCAUGCGCUACGGCCGGAGAAUCCUCCUCCUUGUCGCUUCGCUGUACUCUCUAAGCUCAUGGUCUCUGACUCCCCUGCAAGAUUGAGGGAUCUGUUUGUGGCUAUGAAGACACCUGUUUUAUGGGAUCUCGCCUUGAAUCUUAGUGCCGACGACGACUAUCCGAACGUGUUCCGAGACUGCUGCGACUGCCUGAAAACAAUGGUGGCCAGAUGCUCAUCAUCCCUGCAGCGACUGACGAUCGUUGUCUCGCUCCCACAUACACCCAAGGUCAUCCCUUUUGUCGACUUCUUUCCGCUUCUUUUCGGUCUUCACAACAUCGCCACCCUCACCGCCGCUUUGACGGGCGGCAAAACUUCGAAAAACUUCGAAUCAGAAGACAUGCAGCGUAUGGCCAGGGCGUGGCUCCACAUCGACUCUCUGAGCCUGCAUUAUAAGCUGGACGUCGAGGUGCCCAAUGUUCUCCCUGUCGAUGCUCUCGUUCCCUUCGCUCGAUACUGCCCCGACCUGCGGGUCCUCAAUCUCCCCAUUGUCACAUCUAACAUGCCCAUGGACCUGGAGGACUAUCCAAUCUUCAGCCACAAGCUGCGCAUCCUUAGCAUAGGAUCUUCUAUCCCACAGGGCCCUGCACACAUUAUAGCGCUCUUCUUAGAUCGCCUAUGCCCUUGCCUGGACAUCAAUGAUUGCCACCUGAUGCUCGAUGACUAUGCAUGGCGGGAUCUUGUCGAACGUUUGGCGGCGAUUCAGGCAGCCAAAAGUCUAGAAAGUGGUAACGUCUCUGCGUCUGCGCAAGUGGUUUGA